GGUGUUAUGUGAGCCAAACCCCGAUCGUCCAGAAGAGUAAGCGCUGAAAGCUGCCAUCCACUCAGAAGGCGCUGUGGGGCUUGCUGGGCUGUGGACACCCCCAGGCCCCUCCACCUGGGCCCCUGUGGAUAGGAGGGGCCGGGCACGCAGGCCGUGGGCUAUGGUUUGGUGCCUCGGUGUGACCAUCCUCAGCCUGAUCAUCAGCCAGGGGGCUGACGGUCGAGGGAAGCCUGAGGUGGUGUCCGUGGUGGGCCGCGCCGGCGAGACUGCAGUGCUGGGCUGUGACCUGCUGCCCCCCACCGGCCGCCCACCCCUGCAUGUCAUUGAGUGGCUGCGUUUUGGAUUCCUGCUUCCCAUCUUCAUCCAGUUUGGCCUCUACUCUCCCCGCAUCGACCCUGAUUACGUGGGGCGAGUCCGGCUGCAGAAAGGGGCAUCUCUCCAGAUUGAGGGGCUCCGAGCGGAAGACCAGGGCUGGUACGAGUGCCGCGUGCUCUUCCUGGACCAGCACAGCCCUGAGGACGACUCUGCUAACGGCUCCUGGGUGCACCUCACAGUCAAUUCAUCCCCUCGGUUCCUGGAGACGCCUCCCCAGGUGCUGGAAGUUCGGGAACUCGAGCCUGUGACCCUGCGUUGUGUGGCCUGGGGCAGCCCGCAGCCUCAUGUGACCUGGAAGCUCCGAGGACAGGACCUUGGCCAGGGCCAGGGUCAGGUGCAAGUGCAGAAUGGGACGCUGUGGAUCCGACGGGUGGAGCGAGGCAGCUCCGGAGUCUACACCUGCCAAGCCUCCAGCACCGAGGGCAGCACCUCCCACGCCACCCAGCUGCUGGUGCUAGGUCCCCCAGUCAUCGUGGUACCCCCCAGGAACAGCACGGUCAAUGCCUCCCAGGAUGUUUCCCUGGCCUGCCGGGCUGAGGCGUACCCCACUAACCUCACCUAUAGCUGGUUCCAGGACAGCACCAACGUGUUUCACAUCAGACGGCUGCAGCCCCGCGUGCGGAUCCUGGUGGACGGGAGUCUGCGACUGCAGGCUGCCCAGCCUGAUGACGCGGGCCGCUACACCUGCGUGGCCAGCAACGGCCUCCCGCGCCCGCCCUCGGCCUCUGCCUACCUCACGGUGCUCUACCCAGCCCAGGUGACAGCGAUGCCUCCGGAGACACCCCUGCCUGUGGGCAUGCGGGGGGUGAUCCAGUGCCCGGUCCGGGCUAACCCCCCGCUGCUCUUUGUCAGCUGGACCAAGGAUGGGCAGGCCCUGCAGCUGGAUAAGCUCCCUGGCUGGUCCCAGGGCCCGGAGGGCUCACUGAUCAUUGCCCUGGGGAACGAGGACGCUCUGGGAGAGUACUCCUGCACGCCCUACAACAGUCUUGGUACCGCUGGGCCCUCCCCGGUGACCCGCGUGCUGCUCAAGGCUCCCCCAGCUUUUCUAGAACGGCCCAAGGAAGAAUAUUUUCAAGAAGUAGGGCGGGAGCUACUCAUCCCCUGCUCUGCUCAAGGAGACCCCCCUCCUGCUAUCUCUUGGGCCAAGGUGGGCCGGGGGCUGCAGGCCCAGGCCCAGGUGGACAACAGCAGCAGCCUCAUCCUGCGGCCACUGACCAAGGAGGCCCAUGGGCGCUGGGAGUGCACCGCCAGCAACGCUGUGGCCCGAGUGGCCACCUCCACACAUGUCUACGUGCUGGGCACCAGCCCUCACGUUGUCACCAAUGUGUCCGUGGUGCCUUUGCCCAAGGGUGCCAAUGUCUCCUGGGAGCCUGGCUUUGAUGGCGGCUAUCUGCAGAGGUUCAGUGUCUGGUAUACCCCGCUGGCCAAGCGUCCUGACCGAACCCACCAUGACUGGGUGUCCCUGGCAGUGCCUGUGGGGGCUGCUUACCUCCUCGUGCCGGGGCUGCAGCCCCAAACCCAGUACCAGUUCAGCGUCCUAGCACAGAACAAGCUGGGGAGUGGGCCCUUCAGCGAGAUUGUCUUGUCUGCCCCGGAAGGGCUUCCCACCACGCCGGCGGCCCCCAGGCUUCCGCCUACUGAGAUGCCUCAGCUCCUCUCACCUCCCCGAGGCUUGGUGGCAGUGAGGACACCCCGGGGGGUGCUCCUGCAUUGGGAUCCCCCAGAACUGGUCCCUGAGACGCUGGACGGCUAUGUCCUGGAGGGACGGCAGGGCUCCCAGGGCUGGGAGGUGCUGGACCGCGUCGCGGCAGGCACGGAAACGCAGCUGCUGGUGCCAGGGCUCAUCAAGGACGUACUGUACGAGUUCCGGCUCGUGGCCCUGGCCGGUAGCUAUGUCAGCGAUCCCAGCAACACGGCCAACGUCUCCACUUCCGGCCUGGAAGUCUACCCCUCGCGCACACAGCUGCCGGGCCUCCUGCCGCAGCCGGUCCUGGCCGGCGUGGUGGGCGGGGUCUGCUUCCUGGGCGUGGCUGUCCUCGUGAGCAUCCUGGCCGCCUGCCUGACCAACCGGCGCAGGGCAGCCCGUCGCCGCCGCAAGCGCCUCCGCCAAGAUGCGCCUCUUAUCUUCUCUCCUCCCGGGAAGUCAGCUCCACACUCUGCCCCGGGCUCAGGCAGCCCUGAUAGCGUGGCGAAGCUGAAGCUCCAGGGUUCCCCAGUCCCCAGCCUGCGCCAGAGUCUACUCUGGGGGGAGCCGGCUGGCCCCCCCAGCCCCCCUCCGGAUCCUCCGCCUAGCCGGGGGCCCUUACCCCUGGAGCCCAUCUCUCGGGGACCAGAUGGCCGCUUUGUGAUGGGACCCAAUGUGGGAACCCCUGAAGAAAGGUCAGGCUCUGAACGAGCUGAACCUCGGACCCCGGCCCAGCGCCAGGCCAGGUCCUAUGACUGCAGCAGCAGCCCCAGCGGGCAGCCCCAGCCGCUCUGCAUUGCAGACAUCAGCCCCGUGGGGCCCCCUCCCGCAGCACCACCUAGUCCUCGGCCUGCUCCGGGACCCUUGCUCCAGUACCUGAGCCUGCCCUUCUUCCGGGAGAUGAACGUGGACGGGGACUGGCCCCCUUUUGAGGAGCCCGCGCCUGCUCCACCCCCAGAUUACAUGGAUACCCGGCCCUGCCCCACCUCCUCUCUCCUUCAUUCCCUGGACCCUGACACUGUGUCACCCGGGGCAGUGCUUCCCGGGUCUGCGAUGGGGGCCGGGGCCGCCCCAGAGCCCCUGUACACAGCACUGGCUGACUGGACACUGAGGGACCGGCUGCUGCCAGGCCUCCUCCCUGCUGCCCCUCGGGGCAGCCUCACCAGCCAGAGCAGCGGGCGGGGCAGUGCCUCUUUCCUUCGGCCCCCCUCUACAGCCCCCUCUGCAGGAGGCAGCUACCUCAGCCCUGCUCCCGGAGACACCAGCAGCUGGGCCAGUGGCCCUGAGAGGUGGCCCCGGAGGGAGCAUGUGGUGACAGUCAGCAAGAGGAGGAACACGUCUGUGGAUGAGAACUACGAGUGGGACUCCGAAUUCCCUGGGGACAUGGAACUGCUGGAGACUCUGCACCUGGGCUUGGCUGGCCCUCGGCCCCGACCUGAAGCUGAGCCAGAGCUAGAUGUGAAGACUCCGGUGGAGGGCAGCCUCCCUAGCAUGGCCCGUGCUCCAGGCCCCGAGGCUCGGUGCGCUGCCCUCCGGGAGGAGUUCCUGGCUUUCCGGCGCCGCAGAGAUGCCACUAGGGCCCGGUUACCAGUGUACAGACAGCCAGUCCCCCAUCCUGAACAGGCCACCCUGCUGUGAAAGCUGGGUAAAGAUGCACAGACUAGGCAGAGAAGGGCCCA